AUGCAGAACCUCUCAGAGGGUUUACUCAAAGCAGUAAGAAAAGCAGCUGAAAUCACUGAACCAGAAUCAAAGCUUCAUAUGCAUACAAGGAUUCUAAACAAGAUCAAGGCCUUGUAUACACAGUGGCAGGCUGAGGCAGAGGCUAAACAACAAUUGGCAUUCACUGCAGACCAAGCAUUCACUAUGAAGAGCUUCACCGAUGCAAUCGCCACCAUCAAUAAGAAUAGAGAAAACCAGAUCUUAGGCCUGCAGCAGGAGAUCGAAUGUUUAUGCAGACAGGCAACUACACUGAACCUGAAGGUCUCACCAUGA